AUGGUUAAGACUCAUUUGGCUCUAGAGCAGGCGUCCCCAAACUGUGGCCCCCUGAGGCCAUUUAUCCGGCCCCCUGCCGCACUUCAGGAAGGGGCACCUCUUUCAUUGGUGGUCAAUGAGAGGAGCACAAGCGGCCGCAGGCCGCGGGGCCGGGUUGGGGAAGACGGAGUGCCCGAAGCCGCUGCUGAAGUCCCGCGCGGUCUCCUGCGUUCCAGGAGCCGGCACCCGAUUCCCUUCGCUGAGUGCGGCCGUCUGGCGGAACGGCGUCUGUGGCUAGGAGCGGGGUUCCAGCCUGCUGCGCUGACGCGGCCCCUGGCAUUUUCCGUGCGGGCCCUGGGUCGCCCUCGACGCGGCUUCCCGCCGGGAGCCUCCUUCUCACCGCAGAAGGGAGCUGCACCUGGGGCGGCCGGCGGGGAGCCGAGAAGACCCGCCGGGGAAGUGGGCCGGGCUGGUCCCAGGCCCGGCGCUGCGGCUCUCGGGCCGCCAGACCUCCUGCGGGUUGCGUCCCUCUCCUCGGUUUUCUAGACCCCGGUGCUGGGGUUGAAUCCGUGCUGUGGUUUUGUAAGAAUUAAAUGAUGCGGCGAACGCCGAUCAUUGCUGCUGACUGGGUGCUUCCUGGGGCCUGGCAGUAUUCGCAGCGGAACACGAACUCGCUCCUGCGUUCAUUCGCUGCUCGUCGACUUUCCUAUCAAUACCGCCAGGUGCUGGAGGGGCCCCCACCCUGUGGUCGGUAAAACUGCCGGGGUCACUGACCUUCUGAAGACGUUGAGGGUGAGAGGUUUGUUGGAGUCCGGAAGUGGAGACGGACUGGAUAGUUAACUACAAAACACGUUUUUUGAUUACAACUUUGAGAGCCCAUAGCGGGAGACCGCUUUGGGGAGGGUCGGAGGUGGGGAAGAGGAGGAAAGGAAAGGCUUCCCUGACCUGACAGAUGGGGCCGAACCGGCUGGACUCGAAUUGUGUUUCAGGGCUAGGGAAUAGCAUAAGGCUCAAGCUGUUUCCUUCCAGCUUCAGUCCCUGUGCUCAAACUGGUAUUUGGCACACACCAUUCGUGGAACGCCACUCAAUGCCUUAUUCUCUUCCCCUUCCCUCAGCUCUGUCCCCUCCACAUAGUAGGAAAAUGAAGCUGGUAACUAAUUUUGGCCCGAAUAGUCCUGUUAUUAUAUCUAUUAUACUCCACCAUGCAGGUUCUUCCUAACUCCUUUUGAUCAAAAUAAGAUAUUUUUGAAAAUGUGAAGAAAGCACUAUCAUAUCUUGUAUGGUUUCUCAUUGCCUUCUAAAUCAGAUAUAAACAACAAACUUGCUUGAGGUGUUCUCUGUCAAACCAAGGAUCUACAUUUAAUUACAGCUUACACUCUGCUGCACCCUUUCGCUAUAUUCCUUAGUUGAUGUUGACUCCAUUUGGAACCCUGUAUUCAGCGUUGAAAGCAUUGCAUAUUCUGAAGCAAUUGUGUUCUUACUCAGCACAGGCAUUUCUGUUAUCCCAAGAAUCUCCCUACCUCCAGAACAUGUUUACUCCUUAAUCACUUCUUGAUAGUAGAGAAGACUACUACUGUUCUAAAUAGUUACAAUUAUUGAAUAUAGGCACGUUUUUGAAUUAGAAGAAUCCCAUCCCAAUCCAAGGUAUAACUUGCUGAUCCCAUACUGAUUCCUUUUCUUCCCACUCCGUGUCCUUUCAUCUGCUAUUUCCGAGUCCAGAUGCCAGCCAGGCAUUUGAGAACCAUCUGAUGGUAACAGAACGGAGGCUGACUCAACUUCACUCCACCACCUGCCUUCCUGCCUUCAGGGAGAUUUUGUGCAUAGCUUAUCCUUUAACUUCUGCUUGUUACUGUUCACAGCACUGUGAUUCUAUUUUAGGCACCUUCUAUACAUUCAUAUUCAUACUUUUUUCCUUCUCUUUCCUGUUUAUUAUUAGAAAGGUGCUUAUUUUAUUUCAGAACCAAAAAAGACAUCGAAUUAUAAUGAUAACAUGAGUAUAGUAUCAUACUAAAGGAUACUAGUAAGACACUCAGUUCCUGCUCUUUGUUCCCAUAUUAUUUUGUGAAUAUGUCUAUGAUAGUGUUUAAUACAUUGCAUUAUGACUGGUUGGUUGUGUCAUUCUCCACUUAUUAAUUAGACUUCUUUGAGGAUAGAGAUUUUUAAAAAUUUUUUUCUUCAUUUGUUCUUGUACUUAGUUCAAUGCCUGGCAACAAAACAAAUAAACAAAAAUCAUUAUUGAAUCAGUUUUUAAGUAUGAAAUAGGGGUAAAUGGGAGGCUCCAGUCUGAAAAUGCCUAGAGAUCACCUUCAGAAUCCUCACACAUUUUCAUCAAUCUUCUUACCCUGUAAUUAAAUAUACUUUCCUCAAACAUUAAAGAUAUUUGUAAAAUAAAUUAAUUUUUUUCUAUUACAGUGGGGUGUGUGUGUGUAUAUAUGUGUGUAUAUACAUAUAUGUAUAUAGUUGUAUUUAAACUAUGUAGGAGAAAAGGAGCAAGUCUGUGAAAUAUCAUUUCCCCAUUUACAAUUAUCCCAGAAGGUUAAAAUGUGAGAGAAACAACUAGUGUUCAAACCCUGCUCUUACUGAUGCUGCAGCCAAUGUUCUAUCUUUGGUAGAAAUCAAACUGUAUUUUUCUUAUUGUUCAAGUAAUGUAAUUAACUAUAGAAAAAUAAGAAAUUACAGAUGAACAAAAUAAAGCAAAAGUAAAUA